AUGGGGCAUACAAAAUGGUUACCAAUCAAUCAUCCAUAUUGGAGGCAACGUGCAGCUUUUAAUGGGAAACCUGAAUAUGACACGCCUCCCGAGCCAUUAAUCAGAGAAGAAGUGCUGCAUAUGAACCGUACUCAUCCUGAAGGUUGCAUUGCUGAGCCGUAUAUAGCUAAAGAAACUGUAAAGUUUUGCACCGAGCAUUUAUCUGAUGUUAGUACAGUUGGAGUGACUUCAAGCCAAAUGAUGGGAGGUUCGAAGCCAUUAUUAGGUUGCACAGUAAGCUUAGUUGAUCAGGACUUGUUGAAUUAG